AUCAUUAUUGUGCUUGCUACUGUGAUAGUUAGGAAGUCAAGAUCUGGGUCCAUUAACUUCUUUUAGAGUGGAGUGACUCAGUUACAGUUCAAGGUAAGAGGCAGGCCUACUUUUGUACAGAAGUAGAAGACACAUCAACUGAAGCAGUCAUGAAAGGACUCUUUAGUAUUGUAGCUGCUCUUUUGGCUUUUAGCUGUCAAGUUUACUGUGAUGGCCCAAUUAAUAAUAACCUUUUCUACAACUUCACUGGAUCUGAACAGCAGGAUCCUGUUCAAAUUAUCUACUUUGUAGUUGGUGUCUCUGUUGCUGGUCAAAUAGGUGACGUAUGUGCAGUUGGAGUAUCUAAUGAAACUGCUGGUAACUACUGUCAAGCAAUAUUCAAUGAUAUUUAUCCACCAGGUUUUGUGUCAGUUAACGGUUCUAUUGGUUACCCUGAUUUUUUUGAGUAUUUUUCAGAGAAUUAUAACUACAGCUACACUAAUGUCUCCUGCUCCAAUGGCUACUCUUCUUGUACUGGGAGUCAAACGAGCAACUGUACAGCUAGUGGUGGACUGCUUAGUAUACAGUGUAGUUAUAUUACCCCUGAAUGUUAUCCUGGUCAAACUGGUCUAAACAAUUAUGUCAAUGUAUCAAAUGGCCCUGGCCUCUUCACAGUGACUGGUCCUCCAACCAUUUGUGUGGAUGGAAGCUUUCUUCCUGUAUGCAGUGGUGUCUCAUUAAGUCAUAUUGAUGUCUCAAGAAUAUGCUUGUAUAGUUUAGGAAUAUCAAGUGGGUUUGUAGGGGCACCAUCAGGUGUUGUGGUUCCUCCUCUUAACUUAACAAGAGAUCUUGGUAGAGUAGUCACUGGGUUUGAAUGUACAGGAUUAACUAAUUGUACAAACACCACAAUGUAUGGAGACUGCAGUCCUAAUGGAUAUGCUACUCUUACAUGUCAGAAAGUGUGUGCUGAUUCUGAUAAUUUUACUCUAUUCAGCAAUCAAACAACUAUGGUUGAACUUAAUGGCAUUAGCUAUUACAUUGGGAUACCACAGUUCUGUGCUGGGGGAACAUAUGCCAGGGUAUGUAAUGAUGGCACUAAUUAUCCUUAUGGAUCAAUCUUCUGCAGAGGGGCUGGAUUUGCAUUUGGUAAUCUCCUUCCUUCAAAUUCAAGUCUUGCCCAGACCCUGUACAGUGGGUCUCCCCAAGGGAUAAUUUAUUUCAGUAACUUUACUUGUUCCGGCACUGAUGAAAAUUGUGAUAAUAACCCAUCAUUUUCCAGUAAUCCACAGUGUUACACUGGACAGUUGGAAACUAUUUUAAGAUGCUCUCCUGGAAUUCCUUGUAAUGGGUCUAAACUGUAUCUCCAUAAUAACAUCACAAGAAUAGUCAAUGGACGUGAGAUAGUAUCUGGUAUACCAAUUUACUGUAUUGAUGGAGCAUUCUAUGCUUCUCUCCGUAAUGAUGGAUCUCAAACCCCAGCAGUUUUAAAUUUAUUUUGCCAAUCAAUGGGAUUUGACAACAAUGGUGUUAUUCUUUCUCAUGAUUCUUCAGUGUAUGGCACUGCUCCAGUAGGUACAGCCUAUUAUUCAUCUUUCUCUUGUCCUCUUACUGCUAAUACUGUUGAUGAUUGUGAUGCUUUAUCAUCAACCAACCAACAGUGUUUAGCUGGUACAAUGGACCUAGUAUUGCAAUGCUCCAGAGCUGCUUCCACUGUUACUCCUUCAGUAACUAGCAGACCAACUCCUUCUGGCUCUGCUUCAGUUCUUGCUAAUGGAGUUACUGUUAGUGUAUUGGUAGCUCUGAUACUGGCUGUACUGCUGCUGGCAUAAUGUCUUUAAAAUGACAGUAUAAUUGACUAAACUGUAGCUAGCUAUAUAGAUGGUAUACUUAAUAUCCUUUCAUUAUUGUAGUGUAGUUAUUAGUUUUUUGUACAGUAGUUCUUAUUUUCUUUUCAUGAUUAUACAUUUAUGCUGUCAUGUU